AUGGUGAACAGCCUGUGGUUCAAGUGGAAGAAGCUCCGUCUGCCCUGGCGAAAGUCCUUCUUAGUCGGCCAGGACCUUCAGGGCAACACCUUCUGGGAAUUCAACGAUGUAAUGAACGCAGCCCGAAUGCGACGAAUCGUCCGAUUCGACCCCAAAACACACUACAGCGAUGUUCAAGUCACACCGCAAUGGCACCAAUGGCUACGACACGUCCGCGAACAUCCGCCAAGCAUCCAAGAGCAACAACAAGAUCUGGUCCGACAAGCGCAAAUGAAGGAACUGGCUCGGCUGGCCGAUGAGCGCUGGGCUAGCAAACCAUCUUACCUCGAUAAACCCAAGACCCAACCAGCCCCAGCAGACAAUGCGCAGAUCGCGCCGGAACAUCAGGCUUCUCCGCCAUCCGAGGCACCAAAAUCCGAGCCUGCUGCGUCCGAGAAGAAGGAGAACCCAUGGAAUAAUGCCAGCAAUGCCAAUCCGGGAGAGGAGUGGCAACCUGAGGCCUGGUCGCCGAGCUCCAAACGGUGA